AUGGCAAACAACGACGCCCCACAAGACGACGCCGAGGUUUUUCACGAUACCGUUACUCACGGUGUUGACGCAGUUAUCAACCGUGUAGCUGUGAAAAUACCGCCGUUUUGGCCCGAACACCCAGAAUUAUGGCUAUCGCAAAUCGAAGCCCAAUUCGUUCUGGCGGGAAUAACCUCGGACGAAACGAAAUUUAACACAAUCCUAGCGUCAAUCGAAGCACCGGUGUUGGCCCGAAUUGCCGACGCCAUCGUCAACCAACCACGCACAGGCAAGUACGAAAAUUUGAAAUCGUGCAUCCUGGAACGCUUCUGCGAAAGCGAACAAAAGAAAAUCCAGAAGUUAAUAUCGGAGACCGACCUUGGUGACAAGCGCCCCACGCAACUGCUCAACGAGUUAAACGCACUAGCCGCAAACAAAGUUCAAGAAUCUUUUCUGAAAGCACUGUGGCUGCAGCGCUUACCAACACAAGUGCAAGCGAUCUUGCAAGCAUCGGACGCCAGCCUAGCAAACUUAGCUAAGUUGGCAGAUAAAGUGAUGGAAGUCGGUGAUUUUCAUCAGGUACGCACCAUCGACGCCAAGUCGGCGCCAACCAGCAGCGCCGUUUCCGACGAUCGUCUAGACCGCAUCGAACAACAAAUCAACGCGCUCUCCAGAAACCUUUCUCGCAAGAACAGCUUGCGAACGGAUCGCAACAGCGUCAUGGCUGGAGACAUGUGUUGGUACCACAGCAAAUUUGGUAACGCCGCCAAGAAAUGUCGCCAACCAUGCUCUUUUGCAUCCGAACCAAAAAACUAA